AUGGAUUCGUCUUUCAUUUUUUCAAACUCAAACCUUGAAUUUCCCUUCCUUCCUUUCAACGAAAAUGACUCAGAGGAAAUGCUUCUUUACGAGGUUCUGGCAGAGGCUGGUGCAGAGUCUUUGGAAUCAGCAACAGCAGAGUCUCAUGAAUCGAGUUCCCCCGUUUCAUACAGAGGAGUUCGAAGGAGGCCGUGGGGGAAGUUCGCCGCAGAGAUAAGGGACUCAACGAGGAACGGAGAGAGGGUUUGGUUGGGAACCUUCGACACUGCCGAGGCUGCUGCUUUGGCUUACGACCAAGCUGCGUUAGCAAUGCGCGGGUCAAUGGCUGUGUUGAAUUUCCCAGCCGAAAUGGUUCACCAAUCACUUCAGAACAUGAACUAUGAUUAUGAUGCUUUUCAUGGAGGCCUCUCUCCCGUUUUGGAGUUAAAAAAGAGACACUCCAUUCAGAGAAAAUUGCAGAGAAAGAAGGUUAAAAAAUAUGCAAAAUGUUGA